UUAAGUUUUAACUAGUUCUUGGAGCUUGAUUAGUUUUCUACAAUCUAGCUCCAACGGUAAGAAUUCCACCCGGUAGCUCCAAUGGCAAGCGUUGCUCCUGUAGUUGAUGCGGAGUACCUAAAGGAAAUUGAGAAAGCACGUGAAGAUCUUAGCGCGCUUAUCAUUAGCAAGAAAUGCGCACCCAUUAUGCUUCGCUUAGCGUGGCAUGAUGCGGGAACUUAUGAUGCUAAAACAAAAACUGGUGGUCCUAAUGGAUCAAUAAGGCAUGACAGUGAACUUAAGCAUGGUGCAAAUACUGGCUUGAAUAUAGCAAUAGAAAUUUGUGAGGAAGUAAAGAAGAAACAUCCAAAGAUUACUUAUGCAGACCUUUACCAGCUAGCUGGGGUUGUUGCAGUAAAAGUCACAGGAGGGCCAACUAUUGACUUUAUUCCCGGAAGACAGGAUUUAUUAGAAUCUGAUGAAGAAGGACGACUACCGGAUGGUAAAAAAGAUUUACAGCAUCUGAAAGACGUAUUUUACCGAAUGGGGUUAUCUAAUCAGGAUAUCGUGGCAUUGUCUGGAGGUCACACACUGGGAAGAGCGCAUAUAGAGAGGUCAGGUUUUGAUGGCCCAUGGACAAAGGAGCCUCUGAAAUUUGAUAACUCCUACUUUGUAGAACUCCUCAAAGAAGACACUGAAGGCUUAUUAAAACUUCCAACAGACAAGGCACUAUUGAAUGAUUCUAAGUUCCGCGACUAUGUGGAACAAUAUGCUAAGGAUGAAAAUGCAUUCUUCAAAGACUAUGCAGCAUCACACAAGAAACUUUCUGAACUAGGAUUUACGCCGAAAAGUAGUGGCCUAGCAAUGCAUCAAAACAUAGUAGAGGCGGCAAAGAACAGUACACUGGUGCAGCAAAGCGCAUUAAUAGUGGCAAUUGCAGCGGCUAUGGUUAUACUAGGUUACAUCUUUGAAGUUCACCGAAGAGUCUAAGUAAUUCAUGUGCCAAGACGAGUUCGACAUAUUACUACUCAUAAUAAACACUACUCUAAAAGCAUUAUUGAUUGUGAUAAUCCAUAACUACUGAAUAAGAAUGUUUGAAAUACAAAAGGAAUACAUUGAUUCGA